AUGGAGGAAGUGAGGCAGCUGGUGCAGGAGGAAGGCAGGGAGGCGCGGAACCUAGUUGCAUUCCAUGUGGCCGUCGACCAACCAAGUCGCAUCUCCCGCAAGCCACCGCGUUCCGGCGCCCCUCCGCCACGGCGCGCUACUCCCCGCGCCGCCACCCGCCUCCGCUCAGCAUCGGCUGGCAGGGACAAGCGAUCCGAACUGCGAGCCAGAUACUGGGCCCUGCUGUUUGGAGACUUGCAACGAGCUAUUGGCGAGAUUUACAACACCGUCGAGGCUCAUGAGAACCUGAAUGAGUGCCAAGAAGUAAUUCUAGUUCUUGAGAACUAUACGCGUGACUUCAAAGCACUCGGCGAAUGGUUCCGGCUCAAGUGGGAGUACGACAACACGCCUCCACCACAAAGACCACAAAGUCUCGCAUGGGAGAUCAGAAAGACGGACUUCGUACGACCAGAGUCACGAAAAGGAUAUUCCGUCAAAAGCUCCCCAUCAGUGUCAGGCAAAAAUAGUCCUUGCCUCUCUGGACAUAACACACCAAGUGGCAAAAACAGCCCUAACUUAACCGGCAAAGCUAGUCCCGGCAGUGGCAAAGUUAGCCCACGAGUUACUGGACAUUCCAGCAACAGUCCAAAAGCAAAUAUUGAGUUUUUCAGCAACAAAAUUGCUUCGAAAAUCACUGCUAAACCUGAGCCAAAAUCUGCUAAGGAUAUAUCAAGACUUUCCGACAUAAAGGAGAAAGAGAUUAAGGACAUAAUCGACGAUAAUGACGUCAUUGAUGUGAUUACGCCUGCAGUUGACAAAGAAGAGAAAUUGGCUAAAGAGGCGAUUGAGAAGGAUAACAAACUGAUCAAAGGACCUGUGGUAGAAAUAGGUAAAGCCAGAGAAUGCCCAAAUACUGCACCAAAGAUGGUGGUUAUCAAAUCACCUAAACGACAAGCACAGGAGGAUGCGAAGGCAGCUAAUGGAGAUAUUUCAAGCCAAGCCAAGGCUACUGUUGCCAAACUAGACGCUAUGGAGAACGAAUUCUUAGCUAAACAACUUAAUGAAAAUGCAGCUAAGAAUGAAAAUCAAUUGAAUCUCGAUAAAGAAUCUGAUGAUGCAGUGUUUGUAAAACCCGCUCCUAUAAAUACUGGAAACUUGACAGAACAUAACAAAAUACAUGACGAGAAAAAUAAGCCCAUUGAUGAAAAUAGUACUGUUGAUGAAAAAAUUAGCAUUUCUUCUGUAUCUCCAGUUAAAUCUGAGGACAACUUUGGUGAUGUAUCCAAUGACAGUAGCAAAUCAAGCGACGAUAAGACUUCAUCCAGCGAUGAUAAAUAUGAUGUCAAUAAAGUUGAUGUCAAAGAAUAUGCUUCAGAAACAAAUCAAAAUGACAUCCAAAUUGAAAACGUGACCGUAAAAGAUCAAGAUAAUAAAUAUGAUGAUACAAAAGAAAUUGACAUAACCAAAGUUGGUGAAAACCCUGACAAAGAUACGCAAGAGAAAGAUGGAGAGGUCAAAGAUAAGAAAGAACACGAUCCAAAGAAAAUUGACCUCAAAACUGCUUCAGAGAAGCCGAGUACAAGGCCCGCGUACUCACAGGCAGCUGCCAAACCAAAACCAGUGACUACUCCCAAAACCGAAGUCAAAACUCCUACCAGAUUGAUAGCUAGAAGCAAGACUGUCGUUGAAAUGCGACCGAAUUCCGCUUCUAAAGCUCAAAGACCAUUCCAAAAACGCAACCAGACCAGCAAGUGCAGCUACCCUUUCAACCUCACCACGGGAAGGACAUCUCUAUUUGAUGCUCCAUCUAAUAAAGUUGUAUCCAAAAAACCACCUAUUCGCGCCCAAAUGGGUUCCGGCGAUAGUAAGAACACAGCUAAACUUGACGUGAAAAAACGUCCCCCGCGACCUUCUACACUUAAAAUCAAUGAGAAAGGAGAUAAAACGGAGAAAGUUAAUCCGUCAUUUGAUAAGAAAGAAGGCGAAGAAUUCAGCAGUAGCGACACCAUUGUUACUCAAAUAGAUAUGUCCCGCAUUGAAUCUAGUGAGAGUUUGAAGACAUUAGUGCCAGAGGAAGGAGACUUCGCUAAUUCAAUUGAAGUACUUAACGUCGAUAAUGCUAAGAGUGAUAACGAUGGCUGGCUGACCGUCAAAUCCAGACGUCUCAGUCGCGAAUCGAAGAAGCAAUCUAAAUCGCACUGGGCUAACAGAUUCCACCAGCCAUCAGCAACUACCAGCUUGCCGACUCUUAACAUGAUUGAGUCUCCUAAACAGGAGGUGAAAGAAAUAGUAUCGGCUUCGAAAUUGGAUCGAGCGAAGUCAGAACAACCACAAAACAAGCCUGAGAAGCCUAAAAUAGUGAAACCAAAACCCGAAGCUAAAGAGGCAAAGAAGGACUUGUCUAUAAUAAGACAAAAAUCUGACGUCACAGGUCUGAAAACUCGCACUUCCAGGUCCAAAGCUUUGAAACGUGAGAAAGUGAAGGACACUCCCAAAGAUGAUGGUUCGGAGUUGACUAAGAAUCGUUUACAUUCCUCUCUAGAAAGUCUUACUACGGGACUAGCAAGAUCGCAAGAAAAAACCGAAGAGAAAUUUGACUUUGACAAAUGGAAAUCUGAGUUCAUGUCUACGUUCAAAUUUUUGGAAGACGACGAUCAAAUGAAUGAAGAUCACAAAGAGAUUCUGAAGACGGCAGAUCCGUCAGAAAUGUCGGAGAUUGCUGAAAUGACGUCACAAAUUGAGGAGAAUGAAAGGAAGAUUAGUUUAGCUCUGGACUUCCAGUCGGUGGACGACGAGAGGAAGUUGUGUGAGGAGGAGGAUUUACUGAACCGACAGAUAAUGGAACUUCAGCAGGUUUCCGACAUAGAUCUGGAUACGGAGACUGACGAUACGGAGACUGACGCAGAGAUCCUAUGCGAAGACGCAUCAGCGGGUGUAUCCUGUCAAUCUACCGAGAACCUAUCUUUAGCUGCCAGUUUAGAAGACCAGUAUGAAACGGCCCUCGCCGGCAUGUCCUGGGCUGAACGGGUUGAUACUCUCGGCGCCUUAGAGGCUUUGGUGGCAAGGGAUCCAGGUCGUGCUCAACAACUACACGCGAAGUUAUCCCAAGGCAUCAAGCGUCGUGGUAGUUUGCAGGACGCACUGCGUCGCUUGCAGCUAAAGCAGGCGAGGGCCGAGAGGCAACGGAUUGAGUAUCAGACCGAACGGGCCAGGAAGAUACAUCAGUUGUUGGCUAGAGUUGAGGAGGUUAAGAUCGCGAAGAAUGAGUUGAUAGAAGAGAAGAGGCUUCGCAUGGAGAGACGACUUCAGAAGGCAGCUGCAAACAGGGAUCAACAUCUCAAGGACAUAGUACGCAAGGCCCACGAUGAGGAAGAAAAACUCCGAGAGAUAGCUUUCAUUAAGCAGUUGGAGGCAGAGAACAGACGACAUGAGUUCCUGGACCAGUGUCGGUCGCAUACCACGCGGCUACGGCAGAUGAGGAGAGAUAGACUCUCCAAACUGGAGCAGAAGGCGGCGCGCGAGGCGGCCGUGGGCGCGCGGCGGCAGGCGCUGGAGGCGGCCAGGAAGCUGCACGUCGAGACUCUGCUCGAGAGGAGGAAGGAGCGGGACGCGCGCGUCGAGGAACUCAAGGAGCUCAAGAAACAGGAGAGGGACGACGCGGCGAGGGAGAAGGCACAAGGCGUGAAGUCUCGUCUGUCGGCCCUCGCCGCGGCCGCCGAGCUCGAGGCCGACGCACUGCGCUCGCGCAUCCGGGACAAGCAGGACCGCAGCCAGCUCCGGCUCGAGUCCCAUCUACAGGCCAUCAGGGAGAAGGCCACUACUGGACCACGACAACCUACCACGUCCGAAAGUCAAGAUCAAAUGUCCAAAGAAGAGAAGGAGUUACAAGAAGAAACUCAGCGUUUAGAACAAGAGAGAAAGGACAGAGAGAAGCAGAAGGCUAUCAAGAAGAAAGCCAGGAAAGUUAAGCAGAAGUUGUUGACUACGAGCAACGACACGGUAAUAAUAGACGAUGCGUCCCUAGUAGACGUUAUAUCACCAACCACAACAAAAGUAUGUAAAGUCAUUCACCAACUGUCACACACACUCGAACCAUUCUUAGAACACCCUAUAACAUUCACUAUUGAAAAUGAAAACAUUACUCAAGAGAACGGCUUCGAUCCACUAACUAAGAAACGACAUAGAAUUAUUAUCAACGGAGGAGCUAAGAAUACGGUGGAAAAGGAGGAUAAAGACAAAUCAGAGUCUAAAGAAAAAGAGAAGGAAGUAAAGAAAGAGAAAAAGGGAGUAGAUAAAGAGAAUAAAGGAGUAGAUAAAGAGAAUAAAGGAGAAGAAAAAGAGAACAAGGAAAAAGAUAAUAAAGUUGUUGAAAAAGAAAAUGAUAAUAAAGCAGCAGAAAAAGAGAUCAAAGGUGAAGAGAAUGAGUCAACUUCUAGUGGUAAAAAGAAGAAGAAGAAGAGUGACAAAGAUAAACCCAAGUUGAGUAAGACUAGUUCAGUCUGUUCUUCUCUAAGUGAUAUGAGUAAGAGUUCGGGGAAGAAUGAGAAACCUCGCACUAUGAUUGAUAUGCAAAGCUUAGAGAAACAAUUAAAUGAAGUGCAUAGAACUGUUGAGAAGUGCGCUAAAAUGACGCCUAAAGACAGGACCUCGCUCCACAAGAUCCACCUUCUCAAAGUACUUGGAGAGAUGCUGUGUAUCGCCUGCGACCGCGAGGAUAUCACGCCGCAGUUUACUACCAAAGCCCUCAACACUGCAGUAGUGGCGAUGUGCCGCGCGGUCUCCUCGUGCACCAUGAGCGCGCGGUACUUCCUGUCGACGCGCGCCGCCAUAUACGUCGUCAAACUACUCAGCAUGCAGCUCGAAAAAGAUUUACAAGCCAACCAACGUGAGAUGGACCUAGCCAUGCAGCUCAGUGACUGUCUCUCCGUAGUCCUGGACGGAGUGCUCUGCUCCUCACGACUGUACAACGAUGGCAAGAAGGACAACUCCAAGGAGGAAUCAGAAAUGCUCUCUACACUGAGAGGCCGAGCUCAUAUGUUGAUCAGCUACCUCUGCCUGACCGGGUGUAUUACUCGCGCGGAGAAGGCAGGUGCCGCGCGGGAGAGCAUUCAGACCCUGCUGACUGUCUGCGCAGAUCUCUGCCAUCCCUGCGAGGUUGAUGCUGGUUCCGAACGUAUAGUCGCGGCCCAGUCUCUCCGCUGUGCUCUCGGCACUGGUAUCGCUGGCUCCCGUGCAGAGUUCUGUAUGCUGUUCGCCCAAGGAGCAGGAUUGGAACAUAGUGGUGGAUUCGUCAAGGCUGCUCGCACUGCCCAUCUGCUGCGGACCUUGGCUGAACUGGAUCAUAUGAUUGUGCAGGACGCCUUCGGCGAAGGCGGUUGGCCUCUGGAGUUCAGAGCGGCAGUUGCGCGACUUCUAUCUCAGCAUGCACCCACCGACAAAGAAGCGCCAAGGACUACGGCUUUACGUACGAACAAUCAGCGCCUUGACCAGACUCUCUCCGAAACGAUGGUGUUGGACUUGAUCGUUCUAGUCGGAUUUGUUGUCGUCAACAAUCCACAAUUACAGGAAACAAUAUGUGACGGAUGGAGUGUUAUCAAGACGCUGUGCACUCUGCCAGCUAACUGGCUGGUCUCCAAGCCACAGAGUGACUGCCUGCUGCCGACGCUGGUGGCAUUAUCUGAGCUACCAGCCGUAGCCAGCGCUAUGUCUUCGGAGCUCAGCAUGCAAAUGCUGCAGGACUACAUGAAGAGCCCAUGUGCACAAAAGAUAAAACUGGUACAAGUGAUCAAGCAGGGACGCACAAAGAAAGGUAAGAACAAAGACAAGUAG